UCAAACGUGGUUUUUUCAUUUUUCAACCAAAGUCCUUCAUUUAAAAAUAGUAAUAACAUAAAGAAAAUAAAACAAAAAGAAAAAAGAAACUCUCAUUUCUUCACUGCCGGGAAAAUUCACAAUUUUCCGGGAAAAUUUCACUGCACUAUGGUUUCCCCGGAAAACACCAAUUGGCUUUUCGAUUACACUUUGAUUGACGAAAUUCCCGUCGAUGGCUCCUUCGCCUUCACGUGGCCCCCACCACAUCCUUCCAAUGUUGGUGUUGAAAUGGAUGGCUCUUUGGGGGAUUCUGAUGGUAUCAAAGAACCUGGUUCGAAGAAGAGGGGUAGAUCGGAUUCAUGUGCUCCUUCCAGCUCUAAGGCAUGUCGAGAGAAGCUGCGGAGGGAUAAGCUGAAUGACAAGUUUGUUGAAUUAGGCUCCUUCUUGGAGCCUGGAAGGCCUCCCAAAACUGACAAGGCAGCAAUUCUGAUCGAUGCUGCCCGCAUGGUGAAACAGUUGCGGGGUGAAGCCCAGAAGUUGAAAGACUCAAAUUCAAAUAUUCAAGAGAAGAUUAAAGAGUUGAAGGUUGAGAAAAAUGAACUCCGUGAUGAAAAGCAGAGGCUUAAGGCUGAGAAAGAGAAGUUGGAGCAGCUAAUGAAAUCAAUGAAUGCCCAACCCAGUUUCUUGACACACCCUCCUCCAAUCCCUGCUGCAUUUGCUCCACAAGGCCAAGUCCCUGGAAACAAGUUAAUGCCUUUCAUGAGUUAUCCAGGAGUUGCCAUGUGGCAAUUCAUGCCACCAGCCUCCGUGGAUACCUCACAGGAUCAUGUACUCCGUCCACCAGUCGCCUAAAUUGGCGCUGUACAAUUUUUUAGGAUUCCAUUAUGGCCUAAAAGUUGUAUUCCUUCCGUAUACACUCUUGCCUUUUAGUUAUUUACUAUGUAUUCUAACUGAUAUUUUCUAUUAUGAAGUCUGAUACUGUUGUGAAGUAA